AUGCUCAUCUGCGAAACAGCCCCUCCUUCCACAAAACCGACCUCGUCUUCUGGUCCUCGUCCUCCUUCAUCGCGAAAAAUCCCGGCUCGCAAGAUCGAGGUCCAACCGACGAAGCUCGAAGCCGUGGACGAUUCCCUAGAUCCUCUCGGUCCCUUGGGCGCAGAGCCAGCUCCCGCAGCAUCUGCCAUAUCUGUAGAUCAAGCGCCGACUCCGCCGAGGAAAGAACUCACAGCAAGAGUGAAUCGACAGCCUUCUGCGACCUCACCCGGUUUUGUCAGUUCGGAAUAUGAAGAUAGCACUCUUCCUCUCGGAAGACCCAAGGGUCCGCCGCCGGUUCAGUCACAGACGAUCCCUCCACCAAUCCGACAGACCCCAUCGAGUAUGAGCGUGGAACAAGCCGCCAAACCAACCUUCGAAAUCUUGGUGGGCGAUCCACACAAGGUUGGGGAUUUGACUAGCAGUCACAUCGUGUAUCAAGUCCGCACAAAGACUACCUCAAAAGCAUACAAGCAGCCUGAGUUUGCCGUAUCACGACGAUAUCGGGAUUUUCUUUGGCUAUACAACUCAAUGCAUAACAACAACCCGGGCGUGGUCGUCCCUCCGCCUCCCGAGAAGCAAGCCGUCGGCCGUUUUGAUAGCGAGUUUGUCGAGUCAAGGCGUCAAGCCUUGGAGCGAAUGCUGAACAAAAUUGCCUCUCAUCCGAUCCUGCACCAUGAUGCCGACCUCAAAAUCUUCCUCGAAAGUGAUGCUUUUAACAUUGACGUCAAAAACAAGGAAAACAGGGAGCCGGACUUGGGUCAGAACAAGGGAAUGCUGAGUGCUAUUGGGAUCAAUGUUGGUUCGUCUAGCGGCAAGUUCGUUGAGCAUGAUGAUUGGUUCCAUGACCGCAGAGUCUACCUCGACGCCUUAGAAAACCAGCUGAAGGCCCUAAUGAAGGCUGUCGACAUUGUUGUUGACCAAAGGAAAGGUCUCGCCGCCGCGGCAGGAGAAUUCGCCGCAUCGGUUAAUAGCCUUGCUCAGGUCGACCUGUCACCCGCCUUCUCCGGUCCCUUGCAAGGGUUGUCAGAUGUGCAGAUGAGGAUCCGAGAGCUGUAUGAGCGACAAGCACAACAAGAUGUUUUGACUCUUGGGAUUACUGUGGACGAGUAUAUCAGACUUAUUGGCAGUGUGAAGCAAGCUUUCACCCAGAGGCAGAAGGCAUUCCAUUCAUGGCACGCCGCAGAAAGUGAACUUGCCAAACGACGAAGCGCUCAUGAGAAGCUUCUACGGCAGGGUAAAAGCCAACAGGACAAGCUGAAUGAAGUCGGUGCCGGUGUUAGCGACGCCGAGAAAAAAGCACACCAGGCUCGAUUAUUGUUUGAGGACAUGGGUCGAUUGAUGAGGGGAGAACUGGAGAGAUUUGAGCGGGAGAAAGUGGAAGAUUUCAAGAGCGGCGUGGAGACGUUUCUGGAGGGUGCUGUCGAGGCUCAGAAAGAGCUCAUCGAGUUGUGGGAAACUUUCUUAUUACAAAUGGAUGCCGAAGACGAAGCUCCUCUGAAAGGCCAUCCGCUUUCAGGCGGGCCAUCAACGUUGGGAAAUCCUGGGCCGACCGGGCAGAUCGGCGAGGGCGAGGCUGGUGAAGCUCAUGGAACUGCCGCACCAGCUUCAGCAACAGACGUCGCUCUUGAACAGGAUGCCUAG